AACAAUAUGUAGCCAAAUCUGUGGCAACUAUACAAUACUCAAUCCCCUUUUCACCAAAAAAAAUAAAAAUAAAAAGAAAAAUAAAAAUUACAAUACCAUCCCCCUUUGCCAUCUUCACACCAUGCUUCACUAUUCUCUUCACCAUCAUCAUCAUAAUUAUAAUUAUAGUUUAUCUCCCUUUGUUAAGUCAUUGAACUCCCUAUUCAAUUUCAGAACCAUUUAUCUCUUCUCUUCACAUCUCAAAUUCAAUGAACACCCGAAAAUCAAUACUCACGUGCAUGACACGUGUCUCGUGAGUUUUAUUCAUCUCUACUUCUUCAUAUUCUCAUAUACACCUAAACAAAUCCACCUCCUACCUAUAUCUCAAAAAACCUUUUAAAACUCUUUGCGAAGUUCGAAUCUUUAGCAGAAAAUAACAAGACCCAGAAAAACCGUUCCUGCAAUGCGACAACGAAUGAUUCAAUAGUUUCAGCUUCUGUGAUCGUUCAACAAUGGGGGGUUGCACUUCCAAGCCACAGAAACCCAACCCAUAUGCUUUAAGAGAAACGGAAGGUGACCCUACACAAACUCCGAAGACCCCACUCACUCCCGACGCUGAAAAUCACCGCCGGAAAGAUGACGUCAUCGCCGGAAAGAAGUCUCCGUUCUUCCCGUUCUACAGUCCAAGUCCAGCUCGUUUUAUGAAGAAGUCUCCGUCGUCGACUCCGUCGAGUGGAGGGAGUCGGAGUGCGAGCUCGACGCCUAAGAGGUUUUUCCGGCGACCUUUUCCUCCGCCUUCUCCGGCGAAGCAUAUAAGGGCUGUUUUGGCUCGGAGGCAGGGGAAGAAAGAAGCUGCGGCGAUACCGGAGGAGGCGGAGGAAGGUGCCGGAGAUUUGGACAAGAGAUUUGGAUUCUCGAAGGAUUUUACUAGUAGGCUUGAGGUUGGAGAAGAAGUGGGUAGGGGACAUUUUGGGUAUACUUGUUCUGCUAAGUUCAAGAAGGGUGAGUUUAAGGGUCAACAAGUGGCUGUAAAAGUUAUCCCUAAAGCAAAGAUGACAACAGCAAUCGCGAUUGAAGAUGUAAGAAGGGAGGUGAAAAUAUUGCGAGCUCUGAACGGGCACAGCAAUUUGGUACAAUUCUAUGAUGCUUUUGAAGACCAAGAGAAUGUCUACAUUGUAAUGGAGUUAUGUGAAGGGGGGGAGCUAUUAGAUAUGAUACUAUCAAGAGGAGGGAAAUACUCAGAAGAUGAUGCAAAGGCUGUCAUGGUACAAAUACUAAAUGUCGUUGCAUUUUGUCAUCUUCAGGGUGUGGUACACCGAGAUCUUAAGCCUGAGAAUUUUUUGUACUCUUCAAAGGAUGAAAGUUCUGAGUUAAAAGCUAUAGAUUUUGGGUUAUCGGAUUUUGUUAGACCAGGUUUUUCUUCACUAGUCCUUUCUUUUGGUAUUAUUAUCUUUUUUCUCACAAGAGUUCGGCAAAUUUCUUAUUUUUUUUUUUUAUCAUGUCAUACAGAUGAAAGGCUUAAUGACAUUGUUGGAAGUGCAUACUAUGUCGCUCCUGAAGUUCUUCAUAGAUCUUACAGCACAGAGGCUGAUGUGUGGAGUAUAGGUGUGAUAGCAUAUAUUCUAUUAUGUGGUAGUCGCCCAUUUUGGGCUCGAACGGAGUCGGGUAUUUUUAGGGCAGUUUUGAAAGCUGAUCCAGGUUUUGACGAAGCUCCCUGGCCAUCCUUAUCUUCAGAAGCAAAAGAUUUUGUCAAACGCCUACUGAAUAAGGACCCGCGGAAGCGAAUAUCUGCUGCUCAGGCUUUGAGUCAUCCUUGGAUACGUAAUUACAAUGAUGUAAAAGUUCCACUUGAUAUUUUAAUAUUCAAGCUCAUGAAGAAUUAUAUGAAAUCGUCAUCCUUGCGUAAGGCUGCCUUAAGGGCCUUAUCAAAGACAUUAACUGCUGAUGAACUCUAUUAUCUGAGGGAACAAUUUGCACUGUUGGAACCAAGCAAAAAUGGCAGCAUAUCGUUGGAGAACGUUAACAAGGCCUUGAAGAAAUAUGCAACAGAUGCCAUGAAAGAGUCUCGAAUCACUGAUUUUCUUUCCUCGCUUAGUUCAUUACAGUAUAGAAGGAUGGAUUUUGAAGAAUUUUGUGCUGCUGCAUUAAGUGUACAUCAACUCGAAGCUCUUGAUCGUUGGGAACAACAUGCUCGCUGUGCAUAUGAACUUUUUGAAAAAGACGGAAACAGGGCUAUUGUCAUUGAAGAACUUGCUUCGGAACUUGGACUUGGUCCUUCUAUCCCUGUUCAUGUGGUUCUUCAUGACUGGAUACGUCACACCGAUGGAAAGUUAAGCUUUCUCGGGUUCGCCAAAUUAUUGCACGGUGUAUCUAGCCGAAGCCUUACAAAAGUUCAGCUAUGAUGCAAAGCAAAACCUUGUGGAUAUGCUGAAAAUUUUCUCUCCUAUUCAUGGCACAAUCAUAAUUUGAAUUUAUGUCUAUUGUGCUGCAACUGAUGAUUCUCUCCUUGGCAUCUGAAAUCUGAAGCUAUUCAAUUGCAAGCAUAACUUAUUGAAGUACAGUUUCUUAAUGAAAUGCAAAAUGAUUCUUUUGAAGGCGCCCAAAUUGUAAAAUAGUCUUAUAGAACUGUGCUUUAAGAAUUGUUAAGAUAAGAAUGGUAGGUUUAGAAUUAGCUGUCUUGAUGGGUGGUAAUAAUUUACUGUCACUUAUCUUAAUGAAUGCCUUUGUAUACACUUUACAUUUGCAAGUCAUAUUAUUUAUGUUCUUGUUUUUACUGUAUUUGUGUAUUA